AUGGAACAAUCUAUGUUUUAUUUACCUGAGGCUAUGCGAAAAACAGUUGUUCCAAUAUUUAAUAGCAACGAAAUGUCAAAAUGCUUUGUACAUGUUUGUCACAUAGAAUCACCUAGUAAUUUUUUCAUAAGAUUAGAAGAAAAUACAAGAUUUGUUAAUGAACUCAACAAUAUUCCACGAAAUAAACUUAAAGUACCAGAUUCACUAGAUGCGGGGACUGUAGUUUUGUUUGAGUCUGAAAAAUUUGAUAGAAAACUAACAAGAGGAAAAAUUGUAGCUCCUGUUCAAGUAUUGAGAGGAAAAAAAUAUACGAUUAUGGCAAUAGAUGUUGGAACCACAGACAGUGCAAUUAGUUCUGAAAAAAUUUGGGCCUGUGAUAUAGAACUCCCUCCAUUUGCAUUUCCAUGUAGAUUAGAUGCAUGUAAAGCACCGAAUGGGGAUAUUUGGAAUGAAUCCAGUAUUAAUGGAUUUAAGUCCCUUGUGCCUGGUACACCACAAAUGACGUAUGUUACCACUGUGGAAGAUCAAUUGGUGGUUAAUUUUCUUGCAGGUCACAGUAUGGUGAGCGAGUUGAUGAUAAUGUGUGGUUGGGCGCAAAUGAUUCCUUCUUUUGGUACAAAGAACGAAUGA